AUGACCCGGCCCCAGCUUACCUUCCUGCUACACCGGACGACUGUGAAAUCGCUGCCGAUUAGACUGGUUCCUCUCACUCGACAUCGUCUCGGCGCCAGUGACUCCGGCCCGCGCGCCGCCUCUGAACUGCGCGACCCGGGUCUGCGCGCGCCGUGCUUCCGCGCGGUUAACAUCUCACCGUCACCCUUUUUGUACUUUUGGCAGCGGUGGCAACCUCAAGCCUGUUUGUGCUACCUCACCCUCGCAUACUUACAGAUGCCCCCCCUCUUCCCCUCCCGUGCUCGUGCCCCUUCCCCAUACGACGCCGCCCGCAACCCUUCCCCUGGGGCAGCCUCCUCCCCCAGUGGUGGCUCACUGCGACUGCCUCACCUCCUACCUUCCCUACCCCACCCCGCCCUUGCACCGCCCCUCUGUCCCUCUGGAUAA